CACCAGCUCACCCACCGCUGCAGCUGCCCAAGUCACAUUCGGCUACAUUUGAUCUGGAAGAGUGAUUCAAAAUGACAAUGAUACUGGGUUACUGGGAUACUCGCGGGCUUGGCCAACACAUCCGCCUCCUGCUGGAGUACACCGGAGACAAGUAUGAGGAAAAGCAAUACAUCUGUGGGGAAGCUCCCGACUUCGACAAAAGCUGCUGGACGAAUGUAAAAUUCAAACUUGGAAUGGAUUUUCCCAACCUACCCUAUUUGGUGGACGGAGACAGGAAGAUACCGCAGAGCAACGCCAUCAUGAGAUACAUUGCUCGUAAGCACAACAUGUGCGGAGAGACUGAGGAGGAAAAGAUCCGAGUGGACGUCUUGGAGAAUCAGGCCAUGGACCUCAGACUUGCCUUUAUUAAGCUGUGCUAUCUGAACAUUGAUCAGAAGCCAGAGUAUCUGAAGAAUCUGCAGUGUACACUGAAGCAGUUCUCAGAUUUCCUUGGAAAGAGGAAGUGGUUUGCUGGUGACAAGAUCACUUUCGUGGACUUCAUUAUGUACGAGCUGCUGGAUGAGCACAGGGCCCUCGAGCCGAAAUGCCUGGAUAACUUCAAGAACCUCAAAGAGCUCUUAAACCGUUUUGAGGGUCUGGAGAGGAUUGCUGCCUACAUGAAGUCAGCAAGAUUCAUGAAAGGCCCAAUAAACAACAGGAUGGCCCAGUGGGGAUACAAGUAACAGUGCCUUCAUGAAAAAUGUUCAUUAGUGCAACUGCCAAAUUAACAUCAAAGUUAAUUUGCCUGCACCCUACUUGGCAGGUUUCAUGCCCUUAAUCACAUUACACUGUUAUUUUUAAGCCUUUUAUAAAAUCAUUAAUGGUUUCAGUUUUGGGGGUAAAUAAUAACAAUUUGUGCUGUUAUUAUAAAGAAGUUGAAGUGGAAACAUUUUCCAGUGAAAGCACCGAUUGUUGUAACGGAAACCUUUUUUUUAAU